UCAGCGCUAGCGAGCUUGAACGAAAUCGUAGUCGUAUAGACUCUACUGUAGAUAUCCGAAAUGCUUGAUUUAGAACUUUGAUCUGCCGUAAAAAAAAAUUAUUAUAGAUUUAUUACCUCUUGCUCAUUUGAAUUGGUACGGUAAUAAUCAUUUUACGAUGAGUUCUGGAGUAAACAAGAAGGAUUCGCCACCUGUUUAUCACCUUGAAGAUGAUCAACAGUUGCAUCUGAGCCCGCUAACUUUUUCGAAACUUCAGGUGAUUGAACCGCCAGAACGUCGGGUGAGCGAGCCUGCUUUACCCUCGACCUCCGCUAGUAGUAGUAGUAGUGCUGCACAGAGUGCGAGCAACAUGGCACACGUUGGUCAGUCAUCAAACUCUCUUUCUGUUCCAUCUUUGCCAAGACACAGGGCUAAUUCUGGUUCUCAAGAGAGCAUGGUAUUACAGCCUAUUGUGUACAGUCUUAUGUAUUUUGGGAAUGUGGUCCUAGAUCGGAGAAUCACCCAGCCCAUGUUGCCAUGGUUAAUUGAUGAGAAACAGAGAAACGGGAGACUGGGCCAUGCAAUCAUCCUGCAGAUAUCUUCAAAAGGUGCACUUGGUAUUUCUGAGAGGAAAGGGUCUAUUGUUUUUGAGCACCGUCUGCAUAACAUUUCUAGAUUUUCAAGAGGGCAUGAUAAGAAAUGUUUUGGCUACCUAUGGAGACCAGAUCCUAACUCCAACUUCAGAUGUUUUGUUUUCCGUGCUUGCAGCGAUCAACAUGAUCAAGUGGUGCAUGAUGUUGUGACGAGCAUCCGGGAAUCGGACAAGGAGAACAUCCCACAGUCAGCUAAAGCAGAUGGAAUCACUGAAGCCAUGGACAUCCUCAAGGAAUCCAACUCCACCAUGUUCGAGGUCCUCUAUUGCGGCAAGAUAUCCGUCAGUCAUAAACGGGCUCCUCCCACCUUCAUCGACGAGUCCAUUGAGAAGUUCAAGGAGCAUGAGAUGAUGAUACAGCGGCGGAAGCGGCACUUCUCUUCUGAUGACAGGAAGCGUUCAUCAUCCGAUACAUCGCAGAGAAAGUCAUCCUCUCUUGAUAUUGUGGAGGAAGACAUACCAAAGUCGCACUCUGACAUCCAUCUACCAUCAGUUAUCCAGAACAUACAGAACAACAACUCAAACGACUCAAGACUUAGCCCUGAGAUGCAACGAAAGUUAUCUCUACCACUGGUAGACACACCGGUUUCAAGACUCGACCCAGAAUUGCCACGAAAAAAUUCCCUACCGCUGUCAGGCUCGGAGUCUCAGGAUGAUGUCGACUCCGCUGCGACGACGGGGCGUACAUUCGGAACACUCCUGCGUACAGACUCAUAUGCCAAACUGAUGGCAGCCAAAGAGAGUACUCAUAAUCGAACAAUGGUUUUCCAGAUAGGGAGAAGUGCACUUACAGUGAUCAGUCUGGAUAAGAAAUCCUUUGCACUUACCAAGAAGUUCAGUGAGAUCUCCUUCUGUUCUCAGGGCAUAAAGCAACCAGAGUACUUUGGAUUUAUCUGUCGAGAGAAGUCGUCAAGCGUCAACUACAUGUGCUACGUUUUCAAGUGCCAGAGUGAAUCGGUGGUUGAAUGUAUAAUGAACACAAUGAGACAGGCCUUCAAUGCUGCCCUUCAUCAUAACAAACUGCACAUUAUCUGUGAAACCUGCCCCAUGCACAAACUACAUAAGUUUUGCCAAGAAGUAGAAGGUAUCAACGAAGAGGCGGUUUGGAAUCGGCUCCAGCAACAAAUAUCAGCACUGGGAGUGUCUUCCUCAAAUACCUUUGCUCUACAGAUGAGAAAUUGUCAAGUUUCAAGCAAACAGGAGCAAAACCAUCUUGCCAUGAUGUUUCUGAUGAAAGUAUGUGAGCAACAGCAACAGAACCAUACUCAUAUUAGUGAUGAAAUCAAACAGAAGGAAGUUUACAAGACAGACUCAAACAGAUCAACCAACACCAAGCUGGAGUCUCUAAAGAAAGCCAAGAAGUCUCUCACUAGUUCCUUUGAGAACCUCUUAACGAGAAACAAGCAUCGAGGUAGUCCAGACAGGCACGUGAUGCAGAAUGGAAGAGAGGAGUCUCCGGCUGGGUCCCCAUGCCCUACGCCACCCCCUCAAGUGAACCCAAUAUCUCCCCUGACCAGCCCUUCAUCGACCACUUCAACCACUUCCACUGCCUCCUCUACCACCUCCUCUACUACCUCCUCUACUACCUCCAGUGAGAACGCUGACGUUCCUGAGGGUAGGAGACCCCCACCCCACCCCUCGCACCACAACCACAACCACCCCCAUCACCCUACCAAGCAGCAAUCAGCUGACACUGUACCAUCUUCCAUAGUCACAAUGCUACCGAUGAGGCAGAGGAGUAGAACACUGGGUGACACGCCCCUCACCCCGACCACACCCACUUCGCCAAGGUCUUCGUUUCAAUUUGAAGGGGAGCAGUUUAAAGCCCUCAGAGCCCCUAGGCAGAAGCCACCCCUGAUCAGGGCCAUGAGUGUAGGUGGACGAGCUCAUCUCCUGAGCCCCCAGGGACAUAGCCCCCAUACCCCACUCAUGACCUCCAGCACCCGUACAUCAUGGCGACAGGCAAUCUUCAACCGGGUUGUCACCCCCAUGAGCGAGAGCAAGGCACCUCCUCGGUUUGCAGACCAGAACGAGAGUGUGUUCGAUGAGCAGGAGGAAGAAGAUGAGGCUCAGAUUGAGUCCAAAUCUAGCCCUGUUAUAAAGCGAUUCUCCUCCAGACUAGCAGUCAAGGCGCUGUGGCAGCGAGCCAUCAGGGAACAGAUUAUACUCAACCGUAUGGAGAAAGAAAACAAGAAAAUACAAGCUCGUCAAGAUGCAGUGAAUGAGAAGAAGAUGAAGUUGGACUAUGAGGAGAUUACACCAUGUCUGAAAGAGGUCACUAAACAAUGGGAUAAACUAAUUGCCUUACCCAACAGAGCUAACACCAUCAUACCUUAUGAUGAGAUCAACAAAUUAUUCAAAGAGGGUGUACCAAAGACGAGAAGAGGAGAUAUCUGGAUGAUGUUAUCUGAACAGCAUCUCUUAAGGAUGGUUCCAGGGGCAUCUCAGAUACCGGAGUCUGAGCCUUACUCUGAGCUUAUAAAACACCUCACUACACACCAGCAUGCUAUUCUUAUUGACUUGGGACGAACCUACCCCAACCAUCCAUAUUUCUCUAAUGCCCUUGGGCACGGUCAACUCUCUCUCUUCAAUCUUCUGAAGGCAUACUCUCUGUUGGAUGGGGAAGUAGGUUACUGCCAAGGUCUCAGCUUUGUGGCUGGCAUUCUUCUCAUGCAUAUGGAAGAGCCCGCUGCGUUUAAGAUGCUGACAUACCUCAUGUUCAGCUGGGGUUUUAGGAGUCAGUAUAAACCAGACAUGACAGCUCUACAGAUCCAGAUGUACCAGCUCUCGCGUCUUCUUCAUGACUUUCAUCAUCGUCUCCAUGAUCACUUGGAGCAGAACGAGGUGGCUCCGUCCCUAUACGCAGCUCCUUGGUUCCUCACCCUCUUCGCCUCACAGUUUCCUUUCGGCUUUGUCUCAAAAGUCUUUGAUCUGAUCUUCCUUCAAGGGUUUGAGGUGAUCUUCAAGGUGGCGCUAGUGAUCCUUGGUAGCCAUGAAGAGCUCAUCCUUCAGUGUGAUGGCUUUGAGUCCAUCAUUGACUUCAUCAAGAAUCAACUACCAUCCCUCGGCAUCGUCCAGAUGGAGAAAGUCAUUAACAAGGCCUACCACUUAGACAUCUCUAAACAACUUCAUGCUUAUGAAGUCGAGUACCAUGUGAUUCAGGAGGAAAUGCUGCCCUCGCCUGCCCAACCAAAGGCCAUGCAGCGAGACAUUGAUCAGCUGGAGUACAAUAACCGUAACGUCCGUCGCCAUAACAAUGAGCUUUUAGAGCAACUACAGUCUACACACAAUACAAUCCAGAACCAGAGAUCUCUUCUACAAACCAAACAGGCAACAGAAAACAACCUGCGAUUGGAAAUCCGCAACUUAAACCUGGAGCGAGCUGCCCUUCUUGACACUAUCGCUAAAUUACAAGCUCUGGUUCCAGAUAAUGUCCUGAGCAAUGCCAGCCUGGACCUGAUCCAACCCAAGACAGACUUGAAGUGCUAUGAUAGUGAAUCCUCUCUCCAAACCAUAGAGAGCACUGCCCCCGGGGGUGGAGGAGACAACCUGUCCAUCGACAAUGACUCCAUCGAGGACAUCGACGGCGAGGUCGCAGCCAUCAACAAGGUCCACAUCCUUAAAGAAGAGAGGUUGAGGAACAACAGUGGGGGUAGCAUCGGAAGCGGGCAGAGUGCAAGCACAAAUACAAGCGAGGCUGAUGUGCCAUGUAUUAUGAUAACAGACACAAAAUCUAUAUCGUCCCUUUGAAAGUGAGCAAUAGAGAAAGGCUUUAGAACCAACAAGCUCUGCUCCCUGAAAGAGGAGAGCCUGAGGAACAAGAGCAGGGGUAUCAUUGGAAGCGGGGAGAGUGCCAACACAAAUAUGAGUGAGGCUGAUGUGCCAUGCAUAAUGAUUAAGGACACAAGGUCAAUAGCAUCCGAGUGAAAGUGAGUGAAAGGGAAAGACUUUAGGACCAUGACACCUCUGUAAGUGAAACUAGAAUUUGAAAAGAAGACAAUUUAAAACAAAGGGGUAUAUGUAGUUUUCUGAACAAAAUAUCUGUCAAACAGUGUUUCUGUUUAUAGGAGAUGAAUGUGUUUAAAGGAGUUAAAUUUAUUGUUAACACAUGUACAUAAUAUAUACAGUAAGCAAAAGCUUUAAAUAGAUUUAUUCUUGUGCUAUUACCAUCUGAGACUGGCAUUAUUGUUUUGUGUUCAGAGAUUGUUUUUUGAUUGUUUGUUAUUUUGAAUCAGUGGCCUUUAUCGUGUGCAGGAAUUGUCAACCGCAGUUAUGUGCUCUUCUAUUUACUUGCAAAACGAAUUGAUGUGAUAUAAGAUAGUAUAGAGUUGAAUUGAAUGAUUUUUAUGCCUCAGCACACAGAAGUUGGUGCCGGAGCACUUAUGUUUUGGGGUUGUCCGUCCAUCCCAAUUUAUCGUUACCGCAAUAUCUCAAGAACCACUUGAGUUAUGAACUUCAAAUUUGAUGAUAGUAUGUAUCAUUAUAGGAAGACAAUCUGAUUAGAUUUUGGAGUAACUAGGUCAAAGGUAUAUUUAGUCAAAGAGGUCAACUUCUGAAAUUCCAGCUAUAACCCACUUUAUCGUGAAAUCUCAAGAACCACUAUGGGGUUCAAAUUGGUCAUAGUAUGUAUCAUCAUUGGAAGACAAUCUGAUAAAACUUGGGGGUAUGUCGGUCAAAGGUCUCAAAUUUCUGAAAUUACAGGUAUUAUCCUUGUUAUCACAAUAUAUCAAGAACCACUCGAGAUAUGAACUUCAAACCUUGGGACAGUGUGUAUCACCGUAGGAAAAAAAAACCUCAUCAGAGUUUAUGGUAAGUAAAACAAAGGUCAAAUGUCAUAGAGGUCAAUUCAUUUAAAUUUGAGGUAUUACCCUCGUUAUCACAAUAUGUCAAGAACUCUUGAGGUAUGAGCUUCAAAUAUGGUGACUGUAUAACUAUAGGAAGAUGAUCAAUAGGGGGCUAGUAGGCCAAGAUCAUUAUCCUCAGCUGACAUUUGAUUACAGGCUUUAUGUUUUCAUUGUGAUAUGUCACAAAUAAUUCCAUCCAUUUCCUAUACUGAAUUUAGGGUGGAGGCAUGAAAUAGAUGCAGUCACAUAUGUCUUUUUUAAUGAAUACUCCUUUGCUAUCAUUAUGCCUAUCUUGUGUGCAUUUGUGACUAACAUUUUUUUUGUGAAAUCACCCUCUUUAAGGGAGGGUGUUUUAUUUAUGUUAAAGUUCUACAUUGUACUUAGCAUUUAUAUACAUUUUCUAUUCUCAUCUGGAGGCCAUUUUUUUGUCUUUAAACAACUGUACUGAUACAAUUUGUGAGAGACAUGGCCAAUAAUUUUGUGUGAUCCAAACAAAUUUCACUUUGGGAACAAAGUGUUUAAAAAAAUGAAAGAAAGACUUGCAAAGCUAAUCCAGAUUUUUUUUUCAAUUUUCAUGAAAUGCAAAUUUUGAGAAAACUUUGAUAAGCUAAACCAUGAAGCAAUCCGUUUAUUGAACAUGUUUUGUGAUAAAUAUUGAUUUUUACAAUGAUGAUGAUACUAGAUAGUAAUAUAUUACAUUUCUUUGGCACAUGAAAGAAACAAUAACUUGAAUUUUUCUAAGAAAAAAAAAAGAGUAUUAUAGACUUAAAUCAACAAAUGAUAAGUGAUAACGCAAAUUGGUGUUUAAAUGUACCUCUUUCCUAGUUACCUAGAAAGUAGAAAGCACUGUAAAUACCUGUAUCAUAUCAUGCUAAAAAAAAACAUUUUUCCAUUCGAUUCCCAAGAGGGAAAUAGAAACUUUCGAGGAUGCUGUGAAACAAAAGUGUGUAAAACAAAAUGUAUGUCCUAAAAAAUCUUUUUGUAGGAGUACUUUAAGGAGUGGAGAUGGUGCCACACAUUGUGUGCUUGAAUGAAUCUGAUGACUAUGGCAAUGUCAUCUUUAAUGCAUUUAGAAAAAAUGUUAUGAAGCACUUAUGUAGAUGAAAAUUAUUGGCAUAAUAUCAUUGCCCUAGCUCCCGACAGACUUCUAGUCUAGAUUUCCUGUAAAUGUAAAGCAAUGACAUUGUGUGUACCUCAAAUAUGGUCUUCCAAAAUUAUCAUGAAAUCAUUUUAGACACCAUACCACUAUUGAAAAAUAAAGGAAUGACCACUGCACCCAAGCUUUAGAAAUCAUGUAUUACUUUAAAGUUACCCUUUAAAAAAAUUGUAAAACUGCAUUUCCAUUUUUUUUUUGGGUAUCUAUGAUCUUUCUAUAAUUAAUCAUGAUACAUUCUUCUUUUCUGAAGAUUCCUUUUUAAGUUUUUGAAAUUAUUGUUUAUCUUGCUCUUGUGAUUUUUAUAAUCACCCAUCCCUUUCUUCCAGCCCAUAUUUCUUGUUAAUCUUUUCUCUAUUCUUCCUCUCCUCUUCUCAUCCUCUUCUUCAUCUUCUCGUUUCUUCCCUUUCUUUUCCCCUUUUCUACAUCUUCUCUUCCUUUUUCUCCCUUCCCUUUAGCCUCUUUCUCUGCUCCCCAUCGUCUUCUCCUCUCAUUCCUCUUUUUUGUCUCAAUAUCAUAUCAUAUGCUGCAUUGUUGUCUUCCUGUGCUUAAGCUAUUUGGACCGUGUGUACUUUGAAGAUCUGUCACAACCAAAUAAUAUUCUGUGACUUGAAAUGAUCAUGACAUAGCAAAUAGGAAUACAAAGAACAAGAAAUAACAGAAUUCCCCGUAUCAGUAUUCACCAUGGCAUAUCAUCAUUUAGACAUAAUUUAUAAGAAGAAGAAAUGGAGAUGAAGCAACAGACGUUAUUGAUGGUACAUGUACAUGUAUAGUAGUAAAUAAGGUAUUUCUUAAUACAUGUGUAUGCUUUGUAACAGAGUUCAAAGAUAUACUUAAAGCUCCAUAUAUUCUGACUUAAAAAUAGCAGAUGACCUUUUAUAUAUAUUUUGUGUAAUUACAUGUGCAAGUAGAUAAUAUAGGAACACAUACUCAGCCAAAGAUUUCAUUACUGUUUUUUUAACCAAUUUUUAAUUCUGUGUCGUGAAAAAAUUAUGUACUGCUGUAUUGAUUUUUUGUUGAAAUAAAAGAUAUUGAUGACAGUUAUCUUACAUCAUCUUAUGUCAAUUUCAAAACUUCAAACAAUUAUGUUCAUCUUUUUGCUAUGACAUUUUGACCAUCACUCACACAAGAUUUGUGUUGUUUUGUUGUACUACGUUCAGGUUUAUUGUGAUGUCAUCAAAUUUCUUACAAUGAAGUGUUUUAUACUUUGAAAGUUUAGUACAUAUAGCAGAGAAAAUAUUAAGAUUAUUGUUUGAUAAUAAAAUAUGAGGGUAUUUUUCUUCUUCUGGGUCUUGGAAAGCCUGUUACCCCAAAAAACUUUAUCAAGGCAAUUGUAUGAAUUUUAUCUGUUGUAUUCUUAAAGCUCAAGUUCUAUGAUUUGUUUAUUAUGUUCAGACUGGAUUUUUUCAUUUUGUUUAUGAUUUGUUUAUUCACUUGAACAAUAUUUAAAUUGACACAACGAUAGGGUGCAUCUUCAAUUAUGGCAUAAAAAAUGACUGAUUCUUCAAUGUUAAUAGUGAGUAGGUAACUUAUUUUCUCACAUGAUUACUUAGAAUUUUUUUUGCAACUUUUAAAAAUAGUAAUCACUGAUAAAUAAUACCAUUACUAUUUAAAUUUAGUCCAGUCAGUAAGCUAUCUUGAUAAAUAUUGAUCCCUAUUCCCGGCCCCUCUACUCCGUGAUCAGAGGGAUACCAUGCGUGUUACCAAAAUGUCCGGUAAAGGGGUACUUUUGAGGCACCAAAGUCUGGCUCAUAGUACACAAAAGCCCGUCUUACACACCGGACUUAGGGGGUGCUUUCAAAAGGAGGGAACAUGCAUAUGCGUAACCUAAAUAACACUGAGUUGGGGGGGGGUCCGUAUUAGCCACUAGAAGGGCCUUCAUAUUUACAGGUGUCUUAUCUUUAUAUAAUGAAAAUGCAGAUACAAUUAGAACAUCUUCACACUGCAGUGAUACAGGUAUCUCAUCCUCUUCAAAUGCCCUUUGAUAUUGAAAUGACUUUAUCAGCCUUAGAUAAGAUUCAAGCAGAGAAAAAAAUGUUUCUGUAAAAAACAAGAUGUACAUGUAAAUUCAUCUAUUUUUUAAAUAGCUAAGCCUUUGUUUGUCUUCACACUUGUACGUGUCUGUUUAUGUAAUUGAAAGACAUAUGAUUUUUUAAUAAAUCAUUUGAAAACCGAAAUACAUGUAUUUAUUCAUUAUUAAUGUUACACUUUUCCUAUAUAUUCUAUACUCAAGGUCAUUUAUUUCUUUCAUAUAUUGUAAUCAUAACAUCUCAGUUUUGUUUUCUUCAGUGCAAUUAUAACAGCAAAAUAUGGUCAUUGAAUUUCUAUUUUCAUGAACAUGGUUCAAAAUAUAUAUAUCUGUCAGUGAUAAUCAUGCAUUCGCUGACAGAAAGCAAUGUGUUUAAAAUAGUUGAAAACAGGAAUAUUUUUUUCUUUGUUCACUUUUAAAAUGCAACCAUUUACACAAGAAAUGGUGUAAUGGUAGCUAUUUUAUGUUUAAAAGUUUGUCAUUGAGGUUAGCGGUACAUGUAAGUGCCUUUUUCAUAUGAGUUUUUGCUCAAGCAUAUUAAAGUUUAAAAAGAAGAUUAUCAGGAUAUUUCUUGUCCAUUUUCAUGUUGCUUUGUAAUAUUCAAAUCCAUGUAAAGAUAGAAAUGGAUGUGUUAUGUUAUAAUGUAAUUGUGCUUUCCGGUAUACUGAUAUCUUAACCACUUGUGUACUGAUAAUUUUGUGUACAUGUUCCUUAUUUUACGUUUGUCUCUGUAAUUUGAUUGAGCUUAUUAUUUUUAAUUGAACACAUAUGUCUGUUAAUGUUGAUAUGUAUGUGAUCGUAAACACUGAAAUCAUUGUUCUACCGCAAAAUUGAAGAUGUAAUGUUUUCAUCUUUCUCUGCUGGAUAUAUAUUAUUUAUCUCAAAAUUCAAAUGAACGCACAUGGAUCAGUUUCCAAAGUAGUAAUUCUCAAGUAAUAUUUGCAGAAAAUAUAAUUCAUGUUCAGAUAUUUACAUUAAAUUCAAAAUGUAUAUAUUUUGAUCAUUGCCAUGUAAUGGUUGGAGCAGAUUCAAGUUCUUCAAUUUUGAUGAAAAUACAUGUGUUUAAUUAAAGUACUAAGAAUCUAGUAAUCUACCAAUACAAUUUUAGCCAAAUGUUAUUUGUUGAUUAAACCAUGCUUUAUACAGCAAA